GUGGCUCUCAGUAUUUUUUACUCGACUCUGCGAUAUCGAACAGGAAACAGGCAGAUAUCUCGACUAUAUCGACCAUGAACUUCUCGAGGUGCAGCAGGGUGCUCUCUGCCCGCAACCUGACCGCAUUCUCCGCGCGAAGGCCCCAGAGCAUACUCCGUCCACAGAGCAUACUCCCGCAGCGAUACAAAUCCGACGCCGUCUCCGCUGCGACAACCGCGGCGACAACCGCGCCCGACUCGACAGCGUCGGUCGUGCAGGCUGUAGCAGAGGCAGCACCUACGCUGGCCGGAAACGAAAUCGGCUACUUUGAAUCGCUCGGCCUCGCGCAGGGAUGGCUGUGGCCUACAGACCUCUGCCUGCACGCGAUGGAGUACGUGCACGCCUACACCGGCAUGCCGUGGUGGGCGACGAUCGUCGCGCUCGGUGCUGCGUCGCGUAUCAUUCUGCUGCCGCUCGUGUUCAAGUCCUACAAGAUGAACAUGAAGUUCAAGGUCGUCAAGCCGAUGAUGAACAAGCUGCAGGAGCAGAUGCGCGGCGCGGCCACGCCGCAGGAGAAAGCAAUUGCGCAAUUGCGAAUGUCGAAAUUGGGCAAGAUGCACGGGAUUAGCAUGCCGAUGGUCGUCGCGGGAGGUGUCGCGCAGAUCCCGAUCGCGUACGGCUUCUUCAUGGCGAUCAAGAAGAUGGCCGAAGUGCCUGUCGCGGGCAUGACCACCGAGGGCGCGCUCUGGUUCCAGGACCUGGCCGCGACGGACCCCUACCUCGGCCUCAGUCUGAUCUCGGCCGCUACGAUGUACACCGGUUUCAAGCUCGGUGGUGAGAUGGGAAACGCGUCGAAUAUGGGUCCCACCAUGCGGACGGCAAUGACCUACAUCCCGCCGGCGAUGAUGAUCGGUAUGGGUCUCUGGUACAGUGCCGCGAACGUGCUCUUCUUCAGCAUCACUGGCUUCUUGGCUAUGCUGCAGACCUUGUUCAUGCGCACCGCGUAUUUCAGACGCAUGAUGGACAUCCCCGAGGACAUCUUCGUCAAGGCGCAAGUGGCCGAGAAAGCCUCCUCGCAGACCUCAAUCACGGAGCAGUACAAGACCAUGUGGGCGGACGCAAAGGAGCGAGCACAGGCACAGGCCAACCCCGAGCCGAAGGUCGUCAAGCCGCCGCGGAUGGUGAAGCCGGUGACUCCCGUGCGCGUAGUCAAGAAGAAGCAGCGCGCGCGCUCGUAAAGCAUUUGUAAAUAUCAAUAG